AAGAGCCCGAGGUCAAUCACAUCUUUGUUUUUUCCGUAAACAAGCAGCAAAAUUUUCUUCGCAUUACUUUUGAAAUAUUAAAAUUAAAAACGUUUAAAAAACUUGUAGAAAAACAUAGCGCAGCAAUUCGAAGAAUGGCUUGGCGCUCAGUUGGUGCAGACAAUGCAGAUCUAAUUAGAAAAAUGAGGGAUUUUGGAAUCAUUGCUACUGAAACAGUAGCUCAAGCAAUGAUGAAAACAGACAGAAAGUAUUACUCUCCACGAAAUCCGUAUGUGGAUGCGCCACAGUCAAUUGGAUUUGGUGUAACUAUUUCAGCUCCUCAUAUGCAUGCUUUCGCAUUAGAAUAUCUGCGUGACCACCUACGCCCUGGCGCUCGUGUUUUAGAUGUUGGCAGUGGUUCAGGAUAUUUAACAGCUUGCUUUCUGCGAUAUAUAGAAGAGAAAGGUAAUGAUCCCAAUACAAAAGUUGUCGGCAUUGAACAUCAGCCAGAACUUGUUGAGCAAUGUGUACGAAAUCUCCACACUGAUGAUCCAAAAAUGCUAGAUUCUGGAAAGCUGAUUAUUUAUGAGGGCGAUGGCCGUAAAGGUGUCCCAGAACACGCUCCCUACGAUGCCAUCCAUGUCGGUGCAGCUGCAGCUGUAACGCCAACCGCUCUUUUAGAUCAAUUGGCAAAUGGAGGGCGGUUAAUUGUUCCCGUUGGUCCAGAAGGUGGGGAACAAUAUAUGACUCAAUACGAUAAGGAUGCUGAUGGCAAAGUAAAGGAAACACGUCUUAUGGGAGUUAUGUAUGUGCCGCUUACAGAUCUACAUCGAUCUUGACGCGAACUAAUUCUAAAAGUGGUCGCUGUAAUGCUUAUUACGGGACUAAUUUUUAUCAAAAUAUGGUCGAAGCUACCAAACGAAGACAGAGCUUAAAUCUCGCAUAUCGCUAUAUCGCUAUCAGCAAGUAUUUUGGUCUAAUAUAGUAUGAACAGGCUUUAGUUGUUGCACCAUCAAUGUGAAAACAUCUCUACACCAAAAUGCAAAAUAUAUGUAUUAGCUGUAUCACUUAAAAAUAUAUGUAUGUAUUCUGCUGGAAAAUAA